AUGAAGUACUCCACCAUCGCCACCAUGGUCCUCGGACUUGCCGCCAGCGGCGCCGUUGCCAGCCCAGUCGUAAGCCUCCAGCAAAGCUCUUUCACCAAGAAGUCAACCUCAAUUAACCCCCGCAGCAGCAAGCCGACGGCAUCGUCGCUCGUGCCGACCAGGACAAGCAGGCCGACCAAGCCGACCAAGCCAAGGCCGGCAAGCAAGAGUACGGAGACUACGGAUCUGAGGAGCAGUACCCCCAGCAGCUGGACCGCGAGUACUACAACCGCGGCCAGUACUCCUCCGGCCAAUCCCAGUACACCAACAACCGUGGCUCGUACUCCUCCGGCCGCGCACAGGGCCAGUACUACCCCCAGAGCCAGUACGGCAACCGUGGCCAGUACUACCCCGAGGAGUACGGCCGCCAGGGCCAGUACUACCCCCAGAGCGAGUACGGUAGCUACUAUCCCGAGGAGUACGGCAACGCGUACCAGCACGCCAAGCGUGGCGCCCAGUCCGGUAGCUACUACCCCUACAGCUAUGACUACCCCGAGAGCAACAAUUACUACAGCCAGCGCUACCCUAGCUACAACGGCCAGCGCUACCCUAACUACUACCUCCAGUACGACUACUACGGCAGUUACUACCCCGAGAGCAGCUACUACAACAAGAAGCACCAGCAGUAG